AUGGAACAGUUUGUACGUGAAUAUGUUGCUCGCAGCAUGUUACCACACUUGACUGCAACCGAAGCGAAUCAACAACUGGAUAAGGCCACAACCAGCAGCAGUAGUAGCAGCAGCAGUAGUAGUAGUAGUAGCAUUGCUGAUAUUGAUGUAGACAGCAGUAAACUUUAUUUUAUUGCACAACAACAACAAUUGCUCAAUAAUAGUGAUUACCUGCAGGACAAUGAUGCCUUGACUGCAGCUGUUGCAACAUACAAAACAACCUACAAUGACACAUCCACAGUAUUAAUGCUUACAAAUGUUGCAAGCAACACAAUUGACAAUUUUACGAAUUCAGCUUUAGCAGUGGCUGGUGCUGAAGUUGCACGUCAUUAUGGUGCAUUCGGCAAUGAAGCAAUCAUUGGCAACGAAACAUUCCUUAAAGGCUACAAUGACUAUUUGAACUUUUCCUGUGAUGGCGAAACGUUGAGUGAAGCAAAUGUCACAGAUGAGUCGCCAUUGUCAAGUGUUUAUUUUAAGACAGCCGUCUAUCUACUCUAUAUACCUAUAUUUGUCUUUGCUCUGCUCGGUAAUGGUUUAGUGUGCUACAUUGUGCAGUCAACACCACGCAUGCGUACAGUGACGAAUUUUUUUAUAGCAAAUUUAGCUGUCGGCGAUAUACUAAUGUCACUAUUUUGUGUACCAUUCUCGUUUGUAUCUAUUUUCAUACUCGGCUAUUGGCCAUUCGGCAUAGCACUUUGUUACCUGGUCAACUAUUCGCAAGCGGUAUCGGUACUGGUGAGCGCUUACACAUUGGUUGCUAUCAGCAUAGAUCGUUACAUUGCAAUCAUGUGGCCACUGCGUCCACGCAUAACAAAAAGCACGCUCACGCACCCAGAAACAUGGUUGCUGAUGUUGACAUUUGAGGAAAAUGUUUAUAAAGUUUGUCGCUAA